AUGUACCAGCCUAGGCCUGCAGCAGGCGUUGGGCGGCCACGCCCAACAGCUGGAAUCAAUAGCAGCACCAACAACAGCAUCGGUGGAAGUGCUGCUUCCGCUUCUGCUCAGAGGCGGGGAUUUGCUGCCGCGGGGAACCUUGUAAGAGGGGUACCCAGCGGAAGUAGCACGUCUGCCUCGACAGGGAGCGCUUUAGCGGCUCCUCCUGGGCCCUCCGGAGGCCCCUCAACAAAACCGAAGACACUGGAUGCUCUGUUGGGCUCAAUUAAGCUUCGUGACACGCCCUCAAUUCGUAGUGUUCCUGUCAGUGCAGCGGAGGGGCCUCCUGGUGCCCUGCAGCAGCAGGGAGGCGCGAGUAUUGGGGUGGUGGCUACAGGACUGUUAGCAGGCCUGGGGGCAGGCAGCUCACCAGUUUCAGCGGCAGCGAAAGUCGUGGCUGCGUCAGCCGCCGAUCUGUCCGCUGCAAAGAGUGCCAGCCCCGCUGCUGCUCCCACGCGGCGGAGGUGGGAAGUUCCUGCUACUGCUUCUUUAGCAGAAGACACCGGAAGCAGCAGCAGCAGCAGCGGCGCGCCUGCAAACGCCUCUGGCGGGCAGCAACAGCAGCAGCAACGGCGCCUUCCGCAUGCAAAGGCAUCCCCACUGGUGCUUCAGGGGCUCGGGGCCACCACCACCCCAAACAGCCUCGCUGCUGGUUUCUUCACACCCGCGGCUGCUCCGCCCAAGGACGAUACUCCCGUCACGGCUUCUGUUUUCACCAGGAACCUCUCGCACCAGCAGCAACAGGAGCUUCUGCAGCGCCAGCAGCAUCAGAAGCCCACUUUGUGGGGCCUCAAGCGGGUUGGACCUGCAGCAGGAGGCGCAGCGGCUGCUCCCUCGCCACCAGCGGGGCAAACAGGAGCAGCCACGAAGGGGGAAGUGCACGCGAAGCCGCAAGCGGAUCCCCCCCCCGUCUCAGGGGGGGCACUCUCUGCCGGCCUUGCCUGCACUUCUGCGGGCUCAUUUCCCGACAAAACUCCCGCCAAAGACCUCGAAACGGCGGCACCAGAGGCGACGCAGCAGGAAGAGGAGCAAGAGACGGCAGUCGAGAUGCCAGCGGCCAUCGCCGGGGUGGUAUAUACGCUGCAACAGCUUUUGGCAAUCCAUCUGCAACAGCGGGAGAGAGAUGCAGCGGAAGUGAGGGCUGUAAGGGCGCAGCAGCGCCCAUCUCAUCCUACUGCCUUCUUUGCGGCCUCGCUGGAGUCUCUGAAGUUGCCCCAGCCACCCUCGCAGCAGCAGCAACCACAGCCGCAGCAGCCGGCUGGGCAUCCCGUGCGCGCAGCAGGUGCUCCCCAGCAGCAGGGGCCCCCGCCACACCAUUCGCAGGGGGGCGACGCCAGCCGGCGGUUGUGGGGUCGGGGCGCUCUUGUGCGGGGGCCCACUGAGGCAGACACCCCGGCGAGUUCGUCUUCUGCCCGGAGUUUGGACUGGCCGUUGCGCUUUCCGAGAGGAGAAACGGCAGCACCCCUUGCAGUAGACGUGGCAGAAAAAACCACAAUAAGGCCCCCUAGGAGUACCCCUUCUUGGGCUUCAGGCGCGGGUGAACCGCACGGAGAAUUAGAGGGAAGGCAGCAGCACAGAUUCAAAGGAGACAGCGACGCGGUGCAUGCAGAUGGGGUGGAAGCAGCAGCAGCGGCGGCAGCAGCAGGAGGAGGAACACCUACUCCGGGCUGCGGUGUAUGGGGCCGCACGGGGAUUGCUGCUAGCCGCAGCAGCAGACGCGCUUCUUCCAGGGAUAUCCCGGCAGACGAAGGCGUGGCAACUUCAGGAGGUGUAGGAGCUGCUGCAGUUGCUGCACUUGGUGGCUCCAAGCUGUCGAACGCAGGAGCAGGCCCUAUUUCCAGGAUUGGGGAGGGCGAACCGCCAUCUGCCGAUGGUAGUGCCCACGGCGAUUUGCACAGUGAUGAGGGAGAGACAGCAGCAACUGCUGCAGCUGCAGCGAGUGCUGCUGAUGCUGCAGUCUACGAUGCUGCGGAGAAACUUUCCGGGUUGUAUGCGCAGCAGCAACAGCCUGCACCAGAGGUUCAACGAGGUGGUCACAAGGAGUGCUUCGACAUUGACUUCGCUUCUGUUUCUGCGCCCCCCCUCUCGUCUGCUCCUCAAGAGGGGCGACAGCAGCGGGAUGUGGAGGACUCAGAGAGCGGCCUUUUGGGGGAGCCUUCCCGUAUUGUUUCUUUGGAUAAGCAGCGCGACACUUGGGCUCAGCACGAGACUCGCCAGCUGUUGCUGCAGCACGCAGAAGAGCAGCAGCAGCAGCAGCAGUAUCAAGUAAAUUCAUUCUUCAGUUCUAGAGGACAAGAGCUGUCUCCGUCCGUCGCUGCGUUCUGGGCAGAAGAACCAAUUAUCAAGCGCAAGCCUAAGCAGCAGGCCCAGCCCCAGCAGCAACAGCAGCCUCUAAGUCUGCUGCAGCAGCUGGGGGAGGAUUCAGCCCGUUCUUGGCCUAGCCUUGAUCCAGAGGUACGAUCUUUUGUCGAUCACCAGCAGCAACAGCAGCAGCAGCAGCAGGAGCCGCAGCGGGGGUCCUCGCUGCCAGUGUGCAACUUCUCUAGAGUUGAGUCGCUCUUGGAACGGGGGCAGCUGGCAGGCGAGCUGCAGCACAUGCAAGACAGGGCACUGGCAACAGGUGGCAUAGCCGCAGCAGCGCUUGGCUCUGGGGCAUCAGUUAGCAGCCCCAGCAGCAGCAAAACGAAGGAAUCGCUAGAUGAUGUAUCUGCAGGAUCCUUGCAGCGGCUACUCGCCAGCGAAAUGGAUGGCGAACAGUUGCAUGCCUUGGCAGCGCACGUUCACUCCCUCCGAACCAGCGGGCCUGCACGCGCUGCUGCUGCGGCUGCUCUGUCGCAAUACAUGGCAGCAGCAGCAGCAGCACAGCCGCAUCCGAUGGGUUGGGGUGAAGGCACUGGAGGCACUCUUGGCGUUGACUGUGAUGGGGGAGCCUUUGGACUUGGCGAUCCUCUGGCGCCAGAGAGGGCCUCUUCGGUGACUCGUGCUCCCGACGACCUGACAGCUGCAGUCGCACAAACGGCAGUCGCCACUGCUGCUGCAGCUGUUGGGGGUGAGGACGCAACUGCGUGGGAAAUGUGGAUGCGGCGGACAGGCCUGUCGCUGCAGGAACAGCAGCAACAACAGCAACAACAACAGCCGCCCUUCUUCAUACUACAGCAGCAGCCGUCAGAAUCCCUUCAUCGGCCUCAAGUGCCAGCAGCCCCUGGAGAGCGGCAGCAGCAGCAGCAGCAGCAGCAGCAGCAGCAGCAGUUGCAGCUGCAUCACGGGCUUGCGGGCCGUACGGCCCAAAUGACGUCUACACUGAAGAAUCUCCUGGGGAUUGGGGGGCCUCAUGGCCAGCAAUCAGAAGAGCAUCAGCAGCAGCUGGUGGAAGAGGAGGAGGAGCUGCAGCAGCUGAUGCAGCAACCCAUUGGUUCACUGGCCGGAGCGCAGCACCUGCACCAGCGGCAGCUGCAGCAGGAGCAGGCUCAGCACGAACAAAUAAAGCUGCAAAUGAAAGAGCAGGAUCAGAAGCAGCAGCAACAAAAACAACAAGCGGAGCAGGGUGAUUCUCCUUCCUCACAUCCUAGGACCUGGUCAGCUACGGUGGAAGAGUCGUGCCGACAAGAACGACAGAAGAAGCAGCAGCAGCAGCAAGAGAAGCAACAGCAACAGCAGGACAAGCAGCAGCAGAAACAGGGGGAGAAGCGGCAGCAAGAGAAGCAACAAGAAAGGCAACAGCACGAGACCAAGCAGCAGCAGCAGCAACAGCAGCGCCAAUUGAAGCUGCAAGAUAAAUCGCAGCACAAAGUAACGCAAGACAAGCCUCUUGCCGGCAACAACAGAGCAAAGCCAGCUGCUGCUAUGGCUGGUGCAGCUGACUCAGUGAAGGGCGGCUGGGAAGUUGCGGGCCAGAAGAGCCAGCGCAAGAAGGAGCAGCAGAAGCAGCAGCAGGAGCCUAAACAGCCCGAGUCGGACUCAAAGGCCUCCAAACAGCAACAGCAGCAGCAACAGCAGCAGCAACAGCAGCAGCAACAGGGGAAACGUGGGCCUGGGGAGGGCCCCUCCGGUGAGCAGCAGCGACGCGCCGUGAUGGGUGGACCGGCACCGUGGGUGUCUGUUGCUGCAGCAGCCGCAAGCAGACCUAAUGUCACGCUGAAGGAGGUAAUGGAGUUACAGAGUGCUGAGCAGUCGAAGGAAUUGGAAGAGAAGAAAAAAGAGGAGGAGGCGGCAAUGCAGGCACAGCAGGAAGCCUCAGCCGCUCUUAUGCGUUGGGCUGUUCCGCAGCGUAAAGACAACGAUGGACCAUUGGGAUGGGGGGCCCCCGGGGCCCUGUUAGUGGGUUCUUCUGAGGACUUCCCUGACCUGAUUGAGGGGGCCACAAACAGCCACAGUAGUGGCUCAGGGACCCCUGCUGUAACCCCGGGUUCAACAGCAGCAGCAGCUGCUGCUGCUGCUACCUCACCUACUGCUGUUCAUGAGGGAGCUGUUGCUGCGGGAGGCAGACGGGCUGGGGCUGGUCCAAAGGGGAAAGUGAAGGGGAACACGCAGUCUCUGCAAGAUUUUAUUGCUGCAGCCGCACAGAACAAAAGGGAGGGCUCGACUCUACCCUUGGGCGGCACAGCCUGGGCGCAAGGGGCCCCUAAGGGCCUCGCUGCUGCUCUUUCAUCGCCAUCCCCACUGCAGCAGCAGCAGCAACCGCGAACUGCUGCUGGAACCGCAAAACGCAAUGGAGAUGCAGCGCCUAGGACUGCGGCAGCACUUCCUGCAGACGUGGAGACACCCAAGCGUCCGACUGCUCAGUUGCAGGAAUGGAAGGGCCUGCUAGCGGAGUGUGAGCUGCCGCUGGAUUUUCCAAUCUUGGAGUACUUAGCCACCAUGAACAAUCCACUUGACGUGGAAGACUUCUUAUUAGAGAGCUUCCCUGCCCACAAGCAUCUCCGCCUCUUCGCUGAAAACUUCGUUAUGACGAAUGACAAAUACGCAAAGAGGCCUCAGGAGGAAAAAGGAGGGGCUCCAGCGGUCAGCGGGGAAGCCAGUCAAGGGAAGGGACGGUCUCGAAAGAAGAAGGCGCAGGGCCGGCCUCUAGACCCCUCGUUGCUUGGUUUCUCAGUGAAAAACAGCCGUUUCAGUCAUGGGCCGCUCGAGGGUGCGGACUAA